GACGUCACUGCUGUGUGAUAGCCCUGUUCGAUGUGUGCAGGAAGUCGCCAUUUUCCCAUCGGUAAUACUUUGUUGUGAUGAGGAAAUACUUCACCAACUCAGCCUGAUAGCUGGGAUAUGUCUGAUAGCUGCCAUGUGUGGUGUAGCUGGACCCUGGAGGCAGCAUCGUAAGGACUUAAUGCACGUAGCGUCCAGAACAGCGCCACUUGCAAACAUCAUGAGGAGGAUAUGGUAUUAAAAGCCUAUGUAGGUCAGGUGGUUGUUGCAGGACAGUUUCCUCUGACGUUGUGUACAGUUCAGAUAUGAGUGACUUGUGUAAAGGUGCUGACUCAAUAUGUUGUGUACAGUUCAUGCAUGCAUUGUUUAAUGACUGUGUUAGAUGUUACCGGAGUUGAAGUUGAAACUGCUGUUGGCGGUUAACCUCGCCAGGUAACAGGUCUAUCAUGGCGGAGGGUGAAAACAGUAGUUUAGAAUCUGACUAUGAAACUGAUUACGAGAAGAUUGGGCAGUCAUCAGAAACCUUUGGCAACCGACAAAAUCUCAACAUUACAAGUAACAAAACAUAUAUUGGAAGAUUUUUCAACAUUUCCCGUGCCAAAUCCGUUACAAUCAACCAAAAUGUUCACAAGAGUAGUGCGGCAGGCCGUACAUUUGACGAGGUGAUUCAUGGCACGGCAGUGUCACUCAGUAAUGGAAACACGCGUGCAGAGCGCACAGGGGAUGGCUAUCAGCAUGGCUUGUGUUUCGUUAGUGAAAACAGUUCGCAUGACAAAGCCGUGCAUUUUAGAAUAUUGGAGACAUUUGAGGGGAAACACGGAAAAUUCAGACUUGGAUUCUUGAAAAAGGACCCGAAUUUCCUCCACAAUACUUCCGUGUUGCAGAAGCCAUUGCUCAGUGUUAAAUCGUGUGAUGAUUUCAUAAUUUGUGAACCUUCGAUGGACACGUGCGCAUACCCCAAUGCUGUGAUAUAUUUCUCCUUCUCAAAUGGAAAGAUCACAUUCUGUUCAAGUAAGGAUGAUAAACAAGAGUUUCCAUAUAAGCACAAGCCAGACACAGAGGUCACGCACAUGUGGGCUUUCAUUGAACUCCUUGGCCAGGUAACAUCGGUAGAAGUCGUGAACAACAGAUUCCACGAUGUACACGGCUGCAACAUCACUACAACGGAAACACGGGCCGCUCGUGGAUCUACUUCCUCCAGUCUGGGGACCAAGGGAGGGUACGUGUGUUUUACACAGACACCAGUAGCACCUGGAAUGGAGGUGGAGUUCAAGCUAACCAGCGUUCAGUUAGCAGCCUCGGGUCACAUGCGGGUUGGUCUGUGCACAGAUGAUCCAGCAAUAAUUCCUGUAGACACAAUACCAGCCAGCGUCACACGAGACGACCGAUUCCGAACCAUAGAUCUGGGAAGUGAAGACGCUACCUGUCAGAACGUUAUCAGUCUUGUGCCAGUUGAGCAGAACUUGUGUGUGUACGUGAAUAACACCAAGCAAGUGGGCUACAUUAACAUUGGUGACAAAUCUUACUGUCCUGUGCUGGAACUGUUUGGGAACACCAAGUCAGUGGAGGUGCUGGCAAGUGCUCCCUUCAGUGAGCCGCAAGUUGUAAGUUACACAGAAGAAGUGGACACAGUGACCAGUCCAGCGGUGGCCGAGCAGGUGUCGGCCUUGUUGUCAGUGUGGCUACAGAGUCACGUAGUGGUGAACCACAUCAAGUCGGUAGCAAUGGCUAUAGCAUGUUUGUUGGACACAUACAACCCAUGUGCGUGCUGGAACAGGUUGGUUGAUGCUACGGCAUCUGUGGCUUCCUAUGUCGGUCUGGCUGAAUAUGUGUUUAUGGUUGAGGUCGGGAAUGCACCCAGCGUUGUAAGAGCCGACGCAGCCAGAGUGAUUGACGUAGUUGUUAACUUUGCAUCAACAGUUGGUCAAGUCAAGGAAGCAGUUGGAGGACUCACUGGGACGAAUGACAAGUUGCAGCUUCUCCGGUGCAUCGUGGGAAAACUUCCACGAUACGACAUCCGGUAUCCAAAGACAACAGCGAGUAGCCCUCCCGCACCGUCACCAUUCUUGUUGAACCUGUCUUGUUUGCCGACUGAUGUCGAUGUGUGUGGGAACUGGAUGAAGCAGGUGAUCGUCAAGGUCCUUCUGGAUACAGCUAAUAAGAUCGAGGCUUCAAUGAAACCCAUGGAGGGUAACAUCAGGAAGCUUUACACUCUCGGGAUCUGAAGGUACCCCAGCAGCGGGGGAUGACGUUGAUGAACGGUUGAUGAAGACGCUGUGGAUAUAACAGUAGACGAGAUUUGUGCUGUACAGGAGGCAACACAAUGUGUCCUCUGACCUGUCCGAUUAUGACGAACUGGCGUUGUCAUACAAGAUCAUUUUUAUGAACAUGAACUCAGUUUGUGUUGAGAAUAUAAUCUGAAAGACACCAUUGCGUGAUCGUCUGUGAGGUUGUCACUAGCUGUUUUUAAUAAAGUUCAUAAAUAGAAA